GUUGCAGCCCAGCCCGGGCCGAGGAAGCGAGCCAACCGUUACUCAUCUGAUCCGGUCCCGCCCAAUCUCCACGGGGAGUCACCGAGACGAUGCCCCCCACGCCACACCACACGCCCGCCCACCCGCCCGCCCUGCCGCGACACCUCCCAACGUCGUCGUCCCCAUGGCCGCGCUCCUCCCCUCUUUCCCCUUCCCGCACGCUUCCUUCGCCAGCCCCAAGCCCCACUACCACCGCGCCCACCUCCCCGCCGCCACCACGAGGCCCGAGGCGCCCAACGCGGCCCCCAACCACAGCCCCGCCAGCGCCCGCCUCCGCCGCCUCAUCGCCAGGGAGGACCUCGCCGAGGCCGCGCGCCUCGUCGAGCGCUCCGUCUCCCGCGGCGGGGAGGCCCCCGACGUCUACCUAUGCACCAAGCUCAUCCGCAACCUCUGCCGCCGGGGCCGCACCUCCGACGCGGCGCGCGUGCUCCGUGCCACCGAGGGGUCCGGCGCGCCCGUCGAUGUCUUCGCCUACAACACCCUCGUCGCGGGGUACUGCCGCUACGGUCACCUCGACGCCGCGCGCCGGCUCAUUGCGUCCAUGCCCGUCGCGCCCGACGCCUACACGUACACGCCCCUGAUCCGCGGCCUCUGCGAGCGCGGCAGGGUUGGCGAAGCGCUCAGCCUGCUCGACGAUAUGCUCCGCCGCGGCUGCCAGCCCAGCGUCGUCACUUACACCGUACUCCUCGAGGCCGUGUGCAAGAACAGUGGGUUCGGGCAGGCCAUGACGGUCCUUGACGAGAUGCGUGCCAAGGGCUGCACGCCCAACAUUGUCACCUACAAUGUCAUCAUCAAUGGCAUGUGCAGGGAAGGCCGUGUCGAUGACGCGAGGGAGUUCUUGAACAGGUUGUCGUCUUAUGGGUUCCAGCCCGACACUGUCAGCUAUACCACCGUCCUGAAGGGCUUGUGUGCUGCUAAGCGGUGGGACGAUGUUGAGGAGCUCUUUGCCGAGAUGAUGGAGAGGAACUGCCCGCCGAACGAGGUGACGUUUGACAUGCUAGUCAGAUUCUUUUGCCGAGGAGGUAUGGUGGAGCGAGCAGUUCAAGUUAUUGAACACAUGUCGGAGCAUGGAUGCACAGCCAACACUACUUUAUGCAAUAUUGUCAUAAACUCUAUCUGCAAACAAGGUCGAGUCGAUGACGCAUUCAAGUUCUUGAACAACAUGGGUUCCUACGGGUGCAAUCCAGAUACCAUUAGCUAUACCACUGUGCUGAAGGGCUUGUGUCGUGCCGAACGAUGGGAUGAUGCCAAGGAGCUUUUGAACGAGAUGGUUCGAAAGAACUGUCCCCCAAACGUGGUGACAUUCAAUACAUUCAUCUGUAUCUUGUGCCAAAAGGGGUUGGUCGAGCAAGCUAUUAUGCUUAUUGAACAAAUGUCAGAGCAUGGAUGUACGGUGGGUGUUGUCACAUACAAUGCUCUUGUUAAUGGAUUUUGUGUGCAAGGGCGCAUUGAUAGUGCCCUUGAGUUGUUUAACAGCAUGCCUUGCAAGCCCAAUACCAUCACAUACACAACUUUGCUGACAGGCUUGUGCAACGCUGAACGAUUGGAUGCUGCUGCAGAGCUCAUAGCUGAGAUGCUUCGGAAAGAUUGCCCUCCAAACGUAGUGACUUUCAAUGUACUCGUGAGUUUCUUCUGUCAAAAAGGAUUUGUUGAGGAAGCAAUUGAACUCGUGGAGCAAAUGAUGGAACAUGGUUGCACCCCUAAUCUGAUUACAUAUAAUACAUUACUCGAUGGGAUUACCAAGGAUUGCAGUUCAGAAGAUGCCAUGGAGUUGUUGCAUGGCUUGAUCAGCAAGGGAGUAUCACCAGAUAUAAUUACCUUUUCUUCAAUCAUUGGUGCCCUCUCAAGAGAAGAUAGAGUUGAAGAGGCCAUUCAAAUGUUUCACGUAGCGCAAGAUAUUGGAAUGAGACCCAAAGCUGUGGUGUAUAACAAGAUACUACUUGGGCUCUGUAAAAGAUGUGAAACAGAUAAUGCUAUAGACUUUUUUGCCUAUAUGGUAUCUAACGGCUGCAUGCCCAGUGAAUCAACCUUCAUUAUACUCAUUGAAGGCCUUGCUCAUGAGGGUUUAUUGAAGGAGGCCCAAGAUAUACUGAGCAAGUUGUGUUCAAGAGGAGUUGUAAGCAAGAACUUAAUAGAAGAAUGGCAUUAAGGUUGCAGAUCAAACUGUGUAUAUGCCUUGAGUCAUGAUGAAUCAGAGCACUAAUUGCUUAUUCACCAUUCACAGUAAGGUGGAUUGAUGGCUGCCUUGUGUGCUUCAAGCUGCAGUGCUUCAUGUAGAUGAUUGGUUAAGGCACAGGAAUCAUGACAAUGAACCUCACUUUGAAAUGUCAAGAUCAAGGAGAACAAGAGAAGAAUCUGGAGUAUAACACAAGCAAAAAGUUUGGUGCUCAUAGAUUGUAUACUGUUGCAGUAAAGAAUACAUUCCGCUUUUUUUUUACUUGACACUUUUGAGAUUUCGACAUAGAGACUAACACAUUGACUUAUUAAACUGUAAUGCUUCAUGCUUAUAAUUAUUGUGGGCUUGUCUUUCUUGAGCAA